GUUCUAUUUAAUAACUAGUCAAAUUUAAUAGUCUUGUACUUGUUUGUAUAUAAAAUGAUGGCAUAUAAGCUGAAGUAGCGCGUUUGCGAUACAGUAGAUUUAAAAUUAAAUGUAUUUGAAGCCCUACCACCGCUUCAACACAAAACCUACAAUGCCACAAGGAAGCUCUAACUAGCUAAUGAUGGACAAGAUCACCAGUUCGUCAGAGUUACCAAUCACGACUGAUGCAUUCAUAAAUGUAUCUCACAGUACUUGUACCAAGUUUGAAGGAAAUUUAAGUCCACCAAGUACCCAAGGAAAAGUUCUGGCUAAUUUGGAUCAAGCCAAGCAAAGUGUUCACCCUGAAAUACCUCCAUGGCUGCUUCAUCCUACAUUUCUAAAUCAUUCAUAUGCAACGGUAGACGUUCCGACAUACUGUGGAACCAGGUUAAAGUCUUGUGUUGAGGUGAGUGAGCCGACCAGUUUAAACGAGCUACAACCUGUCCCUGUGAGUCAGGACACGCAACAUCAUGUUGAACACCCUGUGAGUCCUCAGACUAAAGUGUGGUGGCCUGAACCUCAAGUCCACAUAGAAGUGGAAAUCGAGGAUGCGCCGAAAGAUAAGGAUGUGACUGCCAGGUUCCAUUGCCAAACUUGCGGCAAAGGUUUUCCUUCCGCUUCCUCUCUCCUCGGCCACGAACACAACCAUGUGACGCAGCAGCGGCCGUACGAGUGUGAGACGUGUUUUAAGAAGUUCGCCACCAACUCCCAUCUGACCACUCACAAACGUACACACACUGGGGAGCGCCCUUAUAUUUGUCAGGUGUGCAGAAGAUCAUUUUCCGACAGGUCAGCGUUCGUGAAGCACGAGAGGACUCACGGCCCUGACGGCACGGUCAUAAAAAGGUACAAGUGUGACAUUUGCGGAAGUCAGUUCACGGACAACUGCGGAUUAAAGAAACACAUCAGGAUCCACACAGGCGAGCGACCGUACCAGUGCGACGUCUGUGAAAAAGCCUUCUCCACCAGCUCUACGUUUGUUGCACAUCGAAGGAUACACACCGGCGAGAGACCCUACAAGUGUGAUCAGUGCGGUAAAAUGUUUGUGACAAAAUCUCAUCUGUUGACCCACGGACGAGUGCACAGUGGGGAGAAGCCGUUUGUUUGUUCCGUCUGCAACCGCAAGUUUGCCGACGGCUCGAGUUUUCGACGGCACGAGAGACUUCACACAGGCGAACAACGACACAACUGCCAAGUCUGCGGAAAGGGUUUCCCAGUCAGCGCUUCACUAGAAAAACACAUGCAGCAGAGCCAUACGUACUCGUAGCAGAUGUUGUAGUUAACUUGGUAAAUAAUAUUUGUUUAAGCUAUUUUAUUCAG